AUGUCUCAAUCCACCGUGUCCGCCUACGUCGUCCAUAUCGACGGGUCCGACAAGAGCCAGAGCUUCCGCUCACACCCGGUGCUCGACUUCCUGUUCGACCACUCAGAGGCCUUCGACAACCCAGACCAGAAGAUGAAGACGGGCCCCUACACACGCUACCACACCGACGACUUCGUCUUCACCAAGGCCGACGGCACCGCAUUUCCGCCGGGCGAGCCGUCGUGGCAGGCCUUUGUGGGCGGCUACGCGCCCUUCACGGCACACCGGCACGAGGCACGCUACUGCAACGUGUACGAGCGCGGCGGCGAGGGCAGCGGGGCGUGGGAGAUGAUGGGCGUGGCGCACAUCUUCGCCGACCUCGCCGCCCCGGGCGAGGAGAAGACCAAGUCCGACCUCUCGGGUCGGCUGUGGGACGUGGUCGUGCCUGGCGCGUUCCUGUUCAACUGUGUCGCCGAUCCCACCGGCCCCAAGGGCUUCAAGGUCAAGUCCAUGACUAUAUAUGGCGAUGGCACGCCCGUCGUGGCCGCGAUGAUCAAGCGUGGCAUGGUCAAGCCCGAGGACCUGGCCAAGUAA